AUGGCGCAUAUUAUUUCUGAUGAUACACAACUCAAGGAUCACCCGUUGACUGUCACCUAUCCCGGAUACUAUGGCACGAAUUCCGCCGCUCAAGCUGUAACCAACCUAGUUCACACAUUUCAGAAUAUUCGAUUUGGGCUCAUGGUCGGCGACGGUGGUGCUGUACCAAGUGCACCGCAUCCACAGGACCCGAUCAAGAAUGUGCGUCUAGGCGAUAUUGUGGUGAGUGACCCGAAGGGGAAUCAUGGCGGUGUCUUGAAUUACGACAUGGGUAAAUGGAACAGCGAGGGCGAACUGUCAAUCGAGUCGCAUUUGAACAAACCUCCCACUAUCCUACUAAACGCAAUGAAGCAAGUACGAGGGGACCACAGGUUUGGCACGGGGAAUAUGUCGCAAUAUAUCGAUGACACGUUGAGUCUGCUGAAGAGUCUGUCCGAUGUGGAAGACCCCUUCUUUCCCGGCGAGAAUGCUAGUUGCGGUAUGUGCGAUCCUGAACAGAAGAUUGAUCGACUUCCACGAAGAUCCGAUGGUCCUGUGGUGCACUAUGGUCUCAUUGCCUCCGGGAAUGCCGUUAUGCGAAACGCUUCGCUCCAGGAUAGAUUGCGGGAUGAAUGGAAUGUCUUAUGCUUUGAAAUGGAGGCCGCGGGUUUGAUGAAUCACUUUCCCUGCUUGGUGAUUCAUAAGUUGUGUGACUAUUCUGAUAGCCAUAAAACCAAGAAGUGGCAGCCUUACGCUGCUGUUGUUGCCGCAGCGUAUGCCAAGGACCUCCUGCGAGUAAUUGGACCAGAACAGAUCAAGAAUACUGAAGUUGCGACUAGCUUCAUGGAAAACGUCGCCACUACCCUAAACCACGUGGACGAAGGAAUUAAAAAAUUAAGAGACACCAUGGAAAGCACCUAUCGUCAGAAGGUGCUAGAGUGGCUAAGUCCAUUUGACUAUGAGAAUCGCCAGGGAGAUGCAUUUUCUCAACACCAAAAAGGUACCGGAACAUGGUUUAUUGAGAGCGAGACAUUCCAGAAAUGGGUCCAGGACCCAAAGCAAACCCUGCUUUGCCAAGGAAUUCCCAGAGCAGGUAAGACAAUCAUGGCGUCAAUCGUGGUGCACCAUCUGCAUGAAGUAUUCCGCGAUAAACGCGAGGUUGACAUUAGUGACCAGACCAUUGAGUCCAUCUUUACUAACCUGUUAAAGCAGCUUGCCCAGCAGCAGUCCCAGCUUCCUGAAUGUGUAACGGAGGCCUAUGAAAGAUUCCGGCUCCUGAUGAUGCUGGGAACUGUCAUCGCGAUCUAUCGGAAAAUUCAUGCCUCCAAUGGAACGUGUCGGCGCCCAAUCAGCUUUUUCGCUACUUCCAAGCCAAUUGCAGAUAUAGCUAGCAUGUUUCGACGAAACCACGGCGUAUUCCUGGAGAUGCGUGCGGCCGAUGACGACGUACGAAGUUACGUCGAGAGUCAACUGGACAUGUUGCGACCGUUCGUUUCUGAGGACCCCAACAUGCGACUUAAUGUUAGGGAAACAAUCGUUGAGGCGGUGGAUGACAUGUUUCUACUCUCCAAGUUUCACCUGGAGUCAUCAAACCUGGCAAUGCGCACACUGGGGUGGAUCAUAUGUAGCGAAAGACCCUUAACUACCUCGGAGCUGCAGCAUGCUCUUGCAGUGCAGCAAGGGGCAAAGGCUCUUGACGAAGAUGCUAUUCCUGAGGUAGAUAUGCUCUUAGAAAGUGGUGUUUUUCGCUUGGUGCACUUCACCACACAGCAAUAUUUCCAAAGGAAGUGGAACGUCUGGUUUCCCAACGCACACUCUGAUAUCGCUACAGUCUGCCUUACCUAUCUAUCGCUAGAUACCUUCCGUGACAACACAUCUGACAGUGAGGAAGGCUUGCUAGAGCGGGAGGUUAAACGGCCUCUGUUCGAGUACGCCGCUAAAAGUUGGAUCCAUCAUGCACGCCUGCAUACUCUUGAAAACCCACUUCCACUGCAGCUUCUCACUGACCCGUCUUGUCUCUCCUCUGCUGACAGUUACAUAACACCACAAUGCUUGUGCGACGAUGUAUGCUUCUCCCCGCCGAACAAUUUGAGUGGCCUUCAUUUAGCCGCAUAUCUGGGUUUCACAAAUUCAGCAAAGCAGCUCAUACAAGUGGGCAUACAAUGCGACGUCUUAAAUGGGAGUGACAGAACUCCAUUGGCAUGGGCAGCGGAACAACCAAAUACAGAUGUGGCUCGCCUUCUUCUUGACAACGGGGCAAACCCCAACCAUACAGAUGAUCACCAAGCCACACCCCUUUUGUGGGCGGCCGGCUUGGGAAAUCAAGCAUUGGUAAAGCUACUCCUAGAGCGGGGCGCAAGGCCAGAUAUCAAGGAUAACGCCUCGACCCUCCCACUGGACCGCGCCUCGGCUGGGAUGUCCGAGACGUCAUUAUGGAUUGGCCAAGGGAUCAUGGCCGUCUAG